AUGGGAAAUCGAUUACCAUGUUUAUCGAUUAUUUCUUUGCCAUCGUUAAUCGAUUUAUUAAAACAUCGGGAUAUGAGUUAUAUUAAUCAGUACUGCAUUAAGACUGCUUUGAUUAGUUUGGGCGUUGCCAACCAACAAACAACAGACAAUUUGACGGAAAUCAACAACAAAUCUUCAGAGAUGAGUAGUGUAACGAACUUACCAAAACUGGCCAGAAUUAGGUAUUCUCCCCAAGAACCCUUAGAAAUGUUCAAAUAUGUGCUUGAUCGUGUUAAAGCUCCAGCUUCAUUUCCCAUAAAUUUGGCCACCAUUGAUAAUGAGUUUGGUGUAUUAGCCCGCACAGUUAUGUAUCGCGGCCUGUUCAACGACUCCUGGGUUUCUUUUGUUACCGAACGCAAUACACGCAAAUAUCCAAAUCUGAAGGAAAAUCCUAAAUUAGGUGUAACAAUGCUAUUCUCUCAUGAUGUCCCACAAGAAGGUAAUGGUGGGGUAGUCCCAGAGACUUGGCAAGUACGUUUGCUGGGUGCCGAAGCUGUGGAGCUAGACGAAGACCAGCUGCAAAUUCUUUGGCAAGAAGAACCCUUGUUUGCUAAAGUUCGUAGUCAAAUAUGUGAAUGCGGAAAGCCAAACACUCCUGAGGAGUUUGAAAGUAGAUUUCAAAAUGCCUUGUCUGUAAUCGAAAAGGAGAAUAUGGAACCAAAACAAACCUCAACAUAUACUGCCUUUAAAAUCAUACCUAAACGUUGGGAUUUUUAUAAAUCCGAGCCUAAUGCCAUAGCCGACCGUUUGCAAUACAAACUAUUGGACAAUGGUGAAUGGGAAAACUAUCAUGUGGAUCCUUAA